GCGCCAUUUCACGCCCCUAACCAGCACCCAGUCAGUCACUCAGUGACAGUCGGUCAGCCAGUCACCGGGGAGUUGAACCGUCCCUACAUCCGCCGUGGACGUCCCAUCAACCGGCCUCGUAGCAUUCCCGCUUCGAGUCAUGGAAGUCACGGGAGAGCAGGCCUCUCCUGUCACGAGCGCCUCUGUCUAAAGUCUGGAUUUUGACAGCUAGGGCUAGCUAGUAUGUGAGCUUGCCUCUCCGGCGGCUGUCGGCGAAACGGAUCCCAUCCCUCCCGCGGUGGGUGGGAGACUUUUUUUGGUGUAGUUGGAAAUUCACCUUCCUAUUCCACCACCGCCUUAUCACGACCCUUCCAACGGUUUUUGGUCCAAGACGAGGCGAAGAUAUAAAUUGGCUGCAUCGGGAACGGAUGUCCUAGAGAACGGAUGCGUGAGGACAUGUCCACCAUGGUGUGUGUGAAGGCGGAGGAGGAGCCUGGCGAGAAACUGUCCCAGGAUGAGAUCAUCUCACGGACAAAGCAGGUGAUCCAGGGCCUGGACGCACUGAAGCAGGAGCACCACUCCAUCCUGGACGGGCUGCUGGCCACGCUGCGCUGCCUCAAGCAGGAGGAGGAGGGUGUCCUGGUGGAGGAGAAGUCGCUCAUGAUCCGCAAGUCCCUGGAGAUGCUGGAGUUGGGACUGAGCGAGGCCCAGGUGAUGAUGGCCCUGUCGGGCCACCUGAGCUCGGUGGAGUCGGAGAAGCAGAAGCUGCGGGCACAGGUGCGCCGCCUGUGCCAGGAGAACCAGUGGCUGCGUGACGAGCUGGCCGGCACCCAGCAGAAGCUGCAGAAGAGCGAGCAGAGUGUGGCGCAGCUGGAGGAGGAGAAGAAGCACCUGGAGUUCCUGAACCAGCUCAAGAAGUACGACCAGGACUUGUCCCCCUCGGAGAAGGACUCGGAAUCCGGCAAGGAGACUCUGGACGAUCUCUUCCCAGAUGACCACGACGACCAAGCACAAGGCAUCCAGCCGAUGCAUGGCAGCGCGGCGGCGGCAGCCGCCCAGCAAGGCGGCUACGAGAUCCCAGCCCGCCUGCGGACGCUGCACAACUUGGUGAUCCAGUACGCCUCGCAGGGCCGCUACGAGGUGGCCGUGCCGCUCUGCAAGCAGGCCCUGGAAGACCUGGAGAAGACGUCAGGCCACGACCACCCAGACGUGGCCACCAUGCUCAACAUCCUGGCCCUCGUCUACAGAGAUCAGAACAAGUACAAGGAGGCGGCCAACCUGCUCAAUGACGCUCUUGCCAUCCGGGAGAAGACGCUGGGCCCGGACCACCCUGCCGUAGCCGCCACGCUCAACAACCUGGCGGUGCUCUAUGGCAAGAGGGGCAAGUACAAAGAGGCGGAGCCGCUGUGCAAGCGAGCGCUGGAGAUUAGAGAGAAGGUGCUGGGAAAGGAGCACCCGGACGUGGCCAAGCAGCUCAACAACCUGGCCCUGCUGUGCCAGAACCAGGGCAAGUACGAGGAGGUGGAGUACUACUACAUGCGGGCGCUGGAUAUCUACCAGAGUAAGCUGGGGCCCGACGACCCCAACGUGGCCAAAACCAAGAACAACCUGGCCUCCUGUUACCUCAAGCAGGGCAAGUUCAAGCAGGCCGAGACGCUCUACAAAGAAAUCCUCACACGGGCCCACGAGAGAGAGUUUGGCUCCGUUGACGGUGAGAACAAACCCAUUUGGAUGCAUGCCGAGGAGAGGGAGGAACAAAGCAAGGGCAAGCAGAAGGACGGCUCAGUUUUCAGCGAGUACGGAGGCUGGUACAAAGCCUGCAAAGUGGACAGCCCCACCGUCACCACGACUCUGAAGAACCUAGGCGCGCUCUACAAGCGUCAGGGCAAGUUCGAGGCGGCCGAGACCCUGGAGGAGGCCGCUGUGCGCUCCAGGAAGCAGGGUCUGGACACAGCACACAAGCAGCGUGUGGCUGACGUCCUGGGCGAGCCUGAGGCCCGCGACAAGCAGCGCAGCCGUGAGAGCUUGACCUCCGACUCGGUCAAGUACGAGAGCGGGCCCGACGGCGGCGAGGAAGUGAGCAUGAGCGUGGAGUGGAACGGGGAUGGCUCCGGCGCGCUGAAGCGCAGCGGCUCCUUCAACAAAUUGCGAGCGUCGCUCCGCCGCAGCAGCGAGAAGUUGGUGCGCAAACUGAAAGGCGGUGGCGAGCCCAAAAACCCUGGCUUGAAACGAGCCAGCUCACUUGGGGUUCUGAACGUGAGCCAGGAGGCGGCGGCGCCUAGUGAGCCCAACUACCAAGAACGAAAUCAUAGUCUGAGGAGGAGUCGCGACUUGAGCGCUAGCCACAGCGACCUGGCUCGUUGACGCUCGCCAUGGCGGUUCCACUCAGACUCGUAAAUACGACUUUUUUUUUUACGCUUACUUGUUGGCACAACGCCUGAACGUCACUCUCAACAUCUUUACUAGUCCAGUGCGACUGAGUGAAAAACGGUGGAUCUAAAAAACCCAAAAAGAAAACAACCAUGGGGAUUGACUAUUGUUGGCGGGGGACGCGCCCAAGUCGUCCUUCUUCACGCACUGACAUGUUCCUUUUCAAGAGAAAAUAGUCCAAAAAAAUGUUUUUUUUUUGCGAUUGUAAUUGCAGCGAGCGAAUGUGGAGGGACUGGACUGGAAUGUCUUUGGCGUGCAAAUAUUCCAUUUCUACUUUGUACAUGCAACUUUCUCUUUUGUUCGUAAUCGUUAUUAUGAUUUGUUUGGUAUUAUGCUACUUUUGCAGGGUUGUGCAAUAAGCCUUAGUUUGCUUGAUUGUCUGCUGGUCACGUAACCUCCCCAAAAUACGGACGAUGAAGGCAGCAUGCCAUUCCCAACGCUGUCGUUUCCGUAACAAUACACGGGCACGACGCGAACAACGCACGAUAUUAAUCGUGGCCGUUUCUGAAAUGCGAGUGACUGUUGAUUGGUCUCGUUAUUUGGUGGGUGACCCCAAUGCACUGACACAAGGCAGCAGCACAGGUGACAAUAUCAGGAAUGUAUUGACAGUGACAAAGUGUGAAUUGCGACUUGUUUGUGCCAAGAAUGAAUGACAUUAGUGAGUCGUGUUAGUGAAGAAUAAAAAAAUAGAUAGUUCCAAUGUGGCGCCUUUCAUUGGGUUCUUCAGCGCCACCUGCUGCACGCGGUCCAAUGCCACAACUCACACAAGUUUCUUUUAACCUGUACAAUGCCAAUUGUUUUUCAUCCAAUUUGCAGUGUGUCAAAAGAAAAAUAAAUACUCAUAUAUUGUUA